AUGCCUACUCAUUGUUCAAAAUUGAAAAUUGGUUGUGUAAUUAUGCUACUUAGAAAUUUAGAUCCUAAAGCUGGGCUAUGUAAUGGCACUCGAAUGAAAGUUUGUGCUCUUCAAAACAAUUAUAUUGAUGCAGAGGUUUUGACAGGUGUUUCUAAAGAAUAUCGCCAGUUUCUGGGAUAUUCUAUGACAAUUAAUAAAAGUCAAAGUCAAACGUUUGAUAGAGAUAGUGUUUAUUUUAAAAAAUCAUGUUUCUCUCAUGGUCUCUCGUGUUCAAGAACAAAGGUGUUUCAGAGUUUAUUUUUUAAAGUUGAUAAAAAUCCUAUUCAAGGAAUGGAUCAAGGGCGCAAAAUUGUUAUGUGUUAUUUUUGUAAUGUUGUUGUGAUGUUUUGUGUUGAAAGACAGCUUGGUUUACCUUCCCGUUGGUGUCUAUUGUUACAAAUAAAUAAUAGGCAGUUUCAUUAUUGA